GGGGUUACACAUCACUGUGUAUAAAUACUGCUUAGAGUUGGGGCGCUCUUCGGUCUGUUCCCUACAUCCAGGCCGGUUAUAUCACAGAUUUUCAUUCCUUUAGCAUGGACUAUUCACAGUCAGAAUCCGGUGUUUCAAAACGCCUUUCAUGGGGGAGAGUGGUCCAAAAACUGCUCAAUCAUACUGAUGACACAAAACCAUUGAGGAAAAGAGAUUCAGGGUGUUUAUCUGUGGUUUCGGUGGACGACGACCCAUUUGAAGAGGCUCUGUGUGCUGAGACGGUGGCCAACGUGUCUGAUGUUCUGAGUGAGAGCAGUGCUGAGCUGCACGGCUCCUCCAGACUGAUUGUUCCUCAUGUGUUACUGGAGAGGAUCGGUCAGGAGCUGCUGCAGCUGGCGGCCACUGAACCCUGCGGUCUCCGAGGAGCCAUCAUUGAUGUGUGUGUGGACAACAGCAAGAGUCAUCAGAGUGUUGGACAGAUAGCUGUGGACCCAGAUAUUGUUCCAACUUUUCAUCUUACAUUUUUACUGCGCCUGGAUUUGGGGGGACUGUGGCCAAAGUUCACGAGUAGGCUUAGUAACUCUGUUAAACUGAGCACAGGCUUUACAGUGGUGAAAAGGAAGCUGUACAGCUCAGAGGAAGUGUAUGUGGAAGAAUUAUGACCUCAAAAUGGCACUUCUUUCAAAAAUUACUCUUAAGAGCUAUAGGCAAACCCUACUUGAAAACUCUUGGCAUUUUUUUUUCUUAUAUGAAAUAAGAAAAAUAUACAAAUAUUGAUGUAUGGGUUUUACUAUACAUUGUGUUAAGCUGAUAGGGCAAGCUGUGUUGCAUAAACUUACAAUCUAGCCCUAAAAAUACCCAUCACUUGAGUAAUGGCAGCUACAAUUAUUCAACUACCUCAGCAAAGAAACUACUGUAGACAUUUCAUAAUUGUACUUGUGUAAUUCUGCAAAAUGCUUGCACAAAUUAAAUUUGCACUACCUCGUUACGUGGCGAAGUUUACAAAUGUAUGUUAGUUUAUGAUUUUAUCAAGUGUUCUUUCAUCAUCAGCAGAAACCCAGUUGAGGAACACUGUCAGAAGUACUGAAUCAGAACUUACUGCCAAAGAUCUGCAUUGUCCUAUUUUUUUACUUACACAUUCAUAUUUUUUGGGCUUUUUUUAUACAAAUAAAACUGCAUAAUGAUGCCAAACCAAAAAUUAUUGUGGUUAUUCAGUGGUUAUUUGAUGGCCGAUUGUUUCUUUUCCGUUAUUUCUGUCUCUGCCUGAUGUCACACACUGCCUUUUUCAAAUUAGGUAUGGAGAUAGUAAUA